UUUGCGACAUUCGAAAAUCAAAUUAUUCCGGCACCACGGAUCAAUUAUACGCGCGUGUAAUGAUUUGUCGAGAAAAACAAUCAUUUUAGAAAAGAUUAAUAUCAAUUAUAGUUCUAGAUUCAUGUAUUAACAUCGUCUUUAUCAUAUGAUUUUAGUAACACCCACAUUUGCGACAGCUAAUUUUGUCUAUUUUCGUGUUAUUUUACAUGAUAAAUUUGGAAAAUUAAGCUUCCCUGAGGGUUAAAAAGAGUUACCGAUGGUGUCCUUACACUAUUUUUGUCUUUAUAAUUCAUUAAAUAUUCUUACAAAAGUCUUCAUAUUAAAGAAAAUCGUCGGAGACAUGGAAAAUAUUGAAAUCGGGAGUUAUCUGACAUUCAGUGAUCAUGGCUGGCCCAGCAACCCCUGCACCCACUCCAAAACCCACAACCCAGGCACCAGUCACCAAAAAAACAGGAGAAACCACACUAAAAGGAAGUGGAACAACUCCAAAACCUGUACAAACUACCAAAGGAUCAGGGUACACAGUUGUUCCAGAAGGAACCAGUACAGUUGGUACACCAGGUAAACAAGAAGGAAAUGGCGUUGGAGGAAUUGCUGCCAUUACUGCUGCCUUCGUUGUUGUAUUGUUCAUUGUUGUAUUUGCUGUUGGAUGUUUCACUUUAAAGUACAACUCUAGAAUAAGAAGAGUAUGA